AUGACCUCGACAAGAAAUGAAAAAGAAGACAAAGCAAAGGAGGAGCCGCAUGUUUCCAUCGAGACCUUUGCGACAUCCACUUCUGCGCAUGGCUUCGCCCGCGCCUAUCAGAGUCGCCAUCUUGUGGCGAAAGCAAUCUGGACCGCUUUGAUCACUGCGGGAUUCAUUGUCGCUGUGGUGCAGAUAUACUUCAGGUUUGCCGCCUACUUCAGAUACGACACGACGACUAAAAUAACCAUGGUGUUCGCCAAGGAACUGCAGUUUCCGGCUGACUUUACUCAUGCUUUCACGUCUUUUGGGAACUGUUACACGUUCAAUGCUAAUGGAAGUAAGUACCAAGAUCAAGAGGGGAUCGGGAAUGGACUCCAUUUGGAAAUAAAUAUCCAACAGUAUUUAUACAGCAACAGUUUGCUGCGUGGGGAUGAUUUGGACGCCGGGAUCUUCUUCCAUGUGCACAACCAGUCCGAGCCACCGUCUAUUGAAACCAAGGGACGCGCUGCCGCCCCAGGAUUUCGCACCUACGCAGGACUCUCUAGACUUGACACUGACACACUGGAGCCACCAUACGGGCCAUGUAACCAGUCCGCGUCUCUUCAAUAUUACGAGGUAUAUACGACCUCUGGGUGCAUUAUGGAGUGCAAGUUGAAUCAUAUUCUAGAAGCUUGCGGGUGCAAACCGAUGCAAUACCCUGGAGACGCGAGGGAAUGUUCUCUGGUCGAGGAAACGAAAUGCGUACUGCCUGUUUUAGCAAAUAUCAGACAGAACUUCACGCGCAUGUGCAAGUGCCCCGUCCCCUGCCAGGUCGUGACGUAUCAGACCUCUGUGACGUCAACCGCUGUUCCUAGUUUGAGCACAGGUGGAGAGUUGAAAGACAUAUAUAAUGUUGACGUGACCAGUUACAAAAAGAACUUCGUGAUCCUGGAUGUUUAUCUUGAGAGCUUGAACUACGUCCACAGUGAGCAACAGCCCGCAAUAGAGCCUGGCGCCCUCAUCGGUGACAUCGGAGGACAGUUUGGGCUUUUUAUGGGCUUCAGUUUGCUGACCAUUGUCGAAUUCAUCGAGUUCGCUAUUCUGACCGUUUUUGCAUUUGUAUGCUACCCUAAAACGAAACCAAAAGUGGACGUUGCUGUCGAAGAUGCCCAUGAGAAAGAGAAAAAUGACAACAAUAAAAACCGAUCAGUAGAUUAUAAAGUCUUCUUUAGAUGA